UUUUUUAAAAAGAACUUAUGCUUUAUCUUUAAUGCGUAAGAUGAUUUUUGAAACAAAAGAAUAAAGAUGCACUUCCUAGUUGUCAAAGGCCAUUAUUAUGGAAUCUCCACUCUCAAAACUCACCUUAUUUUUGCUUAUUCUUUACCCCUUCUCUUCAUCUUUAUUUUUUCAGCUCUGUGGGACUAACUACAGCUUUCUCUUCAUCAUUCCCUUUUGACUUCAAAACUUUUCCUUCAUCAUCUCUUCUUCUCUUGCAAGAACUAUCAGCUUCAUCAUCUCUAACACCAUUAAGUUAAGCUUCAAUGGGCAAAUAUCAUCCUUGCCCUUCCCUGAAGUCCUUGUCCAGCAGAAUAGGAGGCAUACUUUGCCAUUGUGGUUCGAAAAACAAGUACAAGAAGCUGGAUUCAAAGCUUGAAAGGAAAAUGAUUGAAAUGAAGAGAAGUGCAUCAGGACAAUCUAAUUUCAAAUCAAUUGACAGCAUAAUCAUGAGGUUCCCUCAGUUCAGAGAUGGAUUGAGAAACCUCAGAGGCGUAUUUGAGCAAUAUGAUGAAGACUCUAAUGGAACUAUUGAUCGUGAGGAGCUGAGUAAGUGCUUGGAGAAACUGCAACUUUGCCUGACAAAAGAGGAGGUUGAGGAUUUGUUCCACUCCUGUGACAUUGACGGGAGUGAAGGGAUACAAUUUAAUGAGUUUAUUGUUCUGCUAUGUCUCAUCUAUCUCCUAAUGAAACCUUCCUUCUCGCCUGAUACUACAUUGAAUGUGGAUUCACCACAGCUUGAGGCCACUUUUGAUACUAUUGUUGAAGCAUUCUUGUUUCUUGAUAAGAAUGGUGAUGGAAAACUGAACAAGAAAGACAUGAUCAAGGCACUAAAUGAGGCUUCUCCAUGGGAAAGAUCCCCUGCACGUGUCACCAGGACUAGAUUCAAAGAAAUGGACUGGGAUAAGAAUGGAAAGGUCAGCUUCAGAGAAUUCCUCUUUGCUUUUAUCAACUGGGUUGGGAUUGAAAGCGAUGAAGAAAUACCUGACUAAGAAGCUAACAGCGUCAAAGGGGCUACAAAGUAUCUGGAAUGAAGAUUAAGAUUUGUUCAUAUACCUAAGACAUCGUAAGUAUUUAGUCAAACUGUUGUUGCUGUAUCAUGCCACAUGUCAAUACUGUUAUCUUUCAGG